AUGACCAGCUACUUCCAACCAGGUGCCAGCAAUGGCGCAAAUUCGCCAGCCUCGCCACUGUCUCCGCCGACACAGCGCUCGACCGCUCUUACCAAUCGCUUGACGACGGUUCUCUCCGCGUCGUAUGCGGACUCGGACAUUCGGGACUCUCUCGAGACAUUGAACAUAAGAGGGGUGCACAACUCUGCCGAGACGCGACGACAGCUUCGACUGGAUGUACAGAAGGAAGUUGUCGAUUGCAAUGCGGAGAUUGUCAGGGACUUUGGAAAGGUGGCCGAGCAACUACAACGGAUCGGGACUGUUAUCACAACCUUGAACCAAACAUGUGACGAUAUGCGCAAACGAAUCAACCUGGCCAAGCAGGAUACCACGCCUGUGCUCGAGGAGGCCAGCGCCCUCAUGGCCCAGAAGGGAGAGACCGAAACCAAGCAGCAGCUUCUGGACGCCUUUUCGAAACAUUUCGUAAUUCCGGAAGAGGAUCUGAUGGUUUUGAUGUCGGCGGAGGAGCCUGUCGACGAGCGGUUCUUUGAUGUGCUGGCUCGUGUCAAACAAGUGCACCACGACUGCGAGGUUCUGCUCGGCGGUGAGAAUCAGCGAUUGGGUUUGGAGUUAAUGGACCUGAGUUCUCGAAACCUCAAUUCCGCAUACCAGAAGCUCUACCGCUGGGUCCAGAAAGAAUUCAGGUCCUUGAAUCUGGAGGAUCCCCGGAUCAGCAGCUCGAUUCGCCGCGCUCUGCGGGUCCUGGCAGAACGCCCAAGCUUGUUCCACAGCUGCUUGGAUUUCUUUGCGGAAGCGCGCGAUUAUGUGCUCUCUGACGCUUUCCACUACGCUCUUACAGAUGCUGUUUCUGGGGCGAAUGGGCCUGCUGCUGGUGAUCGCAGCGUCAAGCCAAUUGAGUUCUCGGCGCAUGAUCCAUUGCGGUAUAUUGGAGACAUGCUCGCUUGGGUACACUCUACGACUGUAUCAGAGCGAGAGGCUCUUGAGUCGCUGUUCGUUGAUGAUGGGGAUGAGCUCGCUCGGGGUAUCCAAGCUGGAUUGAGUAGCGAGCCCUGGUCACGGAUAGAUGAGGACCAAGAAGUGACAUUUGAUGGCCAGAAGGCGCUCAGCGAUCUAGUCAACCGUGACCUCACUGGAGUGUCUCGCUCGCUGCGACAGAGAAUUGAGCUCGUCAUCCAGAGCCACGAUGACCCUGUCACUUGCUUCAAGGUCGUGAACUUACUCUCCUUCUACCGUACGACCUUUACCAAGCUGGUGGGCUCACAGUCUCACUUGGUAGAUCUGAUCCAGAACCUGGAGAAGUUCACUCUUGGCCACUUCGAGACUUUGAUGCGCGACCAAAUCAGCGCGUUGGCUGGUGAUCCCGUUGCCUUGACUCCACCGGAAGAUUUGUCACCUCCGCAGUUCUUGCUGGAUGCAUUGGAAGGCUUGACCUUACUCAUGAAGACGCACGAGGGCUCUGUCGGGCCUGAAGAUCUAUCCCCAGACUCCAACAACGAGAACCAGUUCACCUCCGUGCUCCGAGCCGCUUUCGAUCCCUUCUUGACCCUUGCCCGGUCCUCAUCCGAUGAACUCAAAACCACCACAGCACAAGCCAUCUACCGCACCAACGUCCUCCUUGUAGCCCGCGACACAGUGUCACCCUACCCCUUCGCCAGCGCCACGCAUGUGCCCCCUCUAUCCGCAGCGCUAUCAACUCUACGUAACGACCUCCUCGACACGCAACACGACUUCCUCCUCGAAACCUCAGGCCUCCAAGCCCUCCUCGAGGCGUUAGAGCCAUUCUCCCAUCCCAAGGACUCGGAAACAACAGACGAAACCGAAAAAAUAGACCAAAAGCCCCACCUAGCCGACCUAGCCACUCUCCCGGCCUUCCAGCCAGAAUCCCUGAUAACAUCAAGCCAACAACUAGACGACUUCCUCCCAUCAGCAUUGAUGGACGCAACUGACAACCUCAAGCGCGUGCAAAGCGUCUCCCUCGUGCAGAGUGUGACAGAAGAUGCCGUUGAAGCCUUCUGCCGUGACUUUGAGUUCGUCGAGGGUAUGAUAAUUGCCGCGGAUGAAGCGAGAGGAACAGUCCAUGUGAAUCUGGGGACCGGUGGAAGUGUCAUCAGUGGUAGAUCAGGCAAUCAGACUGAACUCAGUCAGAAGGAUGACGAGGAUGAGGAUGAUGAGGAGGAUCGGUGGAGCUUGAGGUCAUUGUUCCCUCGGACAACAGGUGAAAUCAGGGUGUUGUUGAGUUAG